CGUGAUCGCCUUUCUCGUAACCCGAUCUCCAUUGGUGGUCGAUCCUUCUUGUACUCGCGCAACCAGAGAACGGCCUGUGGCGGCGUCGAAGCGUCAUAAAUUUCGGACCUUGCCCGGUGUGUCGCAGCAGACGACGCUCAGAAAGCAGACGACCGCGGAAGGGGCCAGUACUUGGCUGUUUUCAGGCAUCGAUUCGUCGACAUGGGGGACCACGUCUACCAAAUACGCUCUCUCGGAGUCGGCAGCGAAGGGAUUCCCGACCAGUACGCGGACGGCAGGGCGGCCAAGGUGUGGGAACUCUACAUCGGAGAGCGCGAGAAGAGAACGGAACACUACAAGGAGUUCCUCUCCAACAAACUUCGUGAUCUGGGCUGCCAUCACGUCCUUGAUGUUGCGUGUGGUACUGGCAUAGACUCCGUGCUGCUUCUGGAAGAGGGCUUCAAAGUUACAAGUGUGGACGCCAGCGACCGCAUGCUCAAGUACGCGCUCAAAAUCCGCUGGAACCGCAGGAAGGAGAAGGCCUUUGACGACUGGGUGAUCGAGGAAGCAAACUGGCUAACCCUUCCCGAUGACAUCGUCAAGCCGUCGUCCGGUGGUUUCGACGCGGUCAUCUGCCUGGGAAACUCGUUCAGCCAUUUGCCGGACUCGAGGGUUGCCCCCGGAAGUACGCAUCGGCGCGCCAUCACCAACUUCCGGGAGAUGCUCAAGCCCGGUGGAUACUUGGUGAUCGACCACCGGAACUACGAUCACAUCCUCGACCACGGCACAACGCCCUGUGCAAGCAUUUACUACAACAGUAACCACAUCAAGGACAUCCAGACCUCGGUGCUGUACGUGGACAGAAAUCCCUCGAUGGUGAUAUUGGACUACGUCAUGGACGUGUCUUCUUUGGAGAGCAAGUUCGACUGCACGGACACCGAGUACAGCAAGAAAGGCCGGUUCUCCGGAGAGCCGAUUAACAACUUCCGGCUCUCGUACUUCCCGCACAGGCUGAAGGACUUCAACGAGCUCCUCGAGGACGUCUUCGGCAAAGAGGCCCAUCACGAGAUUUACGGAGACUUCAAGCCUCUCAGCAAAGACUACACUCCCGCCUUUUACAUUCACAUACUGAAGAAAGUCUGAGGUCGGGUGUAAAGGGGCACUGAAAAUGCUCGAUACGCAUUGACUAAGCUUUUAGUCAGUGAAGUGCGCUUGCACAAUCGAAUUGCUAUUAUAUAGCAAAUAAAAAUACACAUUUUUCUAUUUGAAACACACUCAAAUGCGAUUAAAAGUGAGCAACGGUAA